AUGUUCACGAGGACGAACCAGGCCGGCUUCCCCCGCCUAGCGGGUUCUAUCCAAAGUGUUAGAUUCGCCCGCAAAAGGGCUCCCGAAUACCCCUCCUACACCAUGCAAUUGGCGCCCUUGGGCCACAAAUCAAAGGACCACAACGGUGUCUUCAGAAGACAUUUGAAGGCAUGGUUGGGCCCCAAGAACGUGGUGGGUGAGUACCACGAAAACAAGUACUACUACGUUCCGCAAAACAACGUUCCCAACUACGUUGUUCCGGACGGAAACCCACUUGUGUCUUCGACGGAAACCUCCAACGUGCGGGGCUACGCCAAGCGGAAUCCCAGUGUGAACCCGUUCCCACAAAACCCUAGCUGCAAGACUGCUUCGAUGGUCUCUGACGACUUGAAGAAGGAGAUCUACAGCGAUCACGAGAAGGGCGUGCUGGCACAGGAACUUGCUCACAAACACCGGAUGAAGAUUGCCAGGGUGGAGGCCAUUGUGCGUCUACAGAAAAUCGAGCAGGUUUGGAAAGAAGAGGUAUGUUUUUUUUUUUUUCGUUUUGUUGCUUGCUUGCUUGCUACGGUACAAUGA